CAGUUGGGCAACAGGUGCCCCACAUGGGACCCAUGGUCUCCCUCCACUCCCCCCCCCCCCCCAUGUUAUUCCCUGCCUCCCGCUCUGGCUGUAGGAACCGGCAUUCGGGAACACGGCUGUUCCGGAACUGUGAGGCUGGGCACCCAGGCCGUCUCUCCCCCCAGGGAGUGAGCCAGGCGCCCCAGCACUCCCCAAGGCCCCAGACCACUGCCAGGUGUCUGCCCCUCCCCCUUCUUCAUCCCCCCUAUAGGCUUCUAAGCUCAGGAUGCUUUAUCUCUAGCUCUUGAGCCAGAAGCCCCCCACUCUACCAGAAACCCCCAAACAGGCCACCUCGGACCACGGGACAGGAAUUAGGGCCGUGGGCUUAGGAGCAGGCUCGGGAUCCCGGACACCCACCCUCUUCCCCGGAUCCUGCCCUGGAAGCAGCUGGCACCUCCACACCCAGGAUGCGGCGCUCGGUCCUGGUCAGGAACCCAGGCCUCAAAGGCCCAGGGGCUGCCUAUGAAGAGCUCGGCUCAGACUCGGAAGACCUGGACCCCAACCCCGAAGACCUCAGCGCCGUCUCCGAAGACGUGGGCCCCGGCUACGAAGAGCUAGAGCCCGCCUCCGAUGACCUGGACCCUGAUGCGGAGCCUCCAAGCGCCAUGGUGGGGACCCGCGCCACGGAUCCCCAAGAUCUCGACCCCAUGUCUUCAAGUCCUGAUCUCGAUCCAGACGUCAUUGGCCCAGUGCCCCUGAUUCUUGACCCUAACAGCGACACCCUCAGUCCCCCGGAAGCCCCAGACCUGGACCCCCUCUCCUCCAGCCGUCCCGCCACCCCGGAAGGCCUGGCCGCCAGCCAGGCGGUGAUCCCGGCCCCGGCCAGCCCUCCCCGGCCCUUCUCCUGCCCCGACUGCGGGCGGGCCUUCCGGCGCAGCUCGGGGCUCAGCCAGCACCGCCGCACCCACAGCGGCGAGAAGCCCUACCGCUGCCCCGACUGCGGCAAGUCCUUCAGCCACGGCGCCACGCUGGCCCAGCACCGGGGCAUCCACACGGGCGCACGGCCCUACCAGUGCGCGGCCUGCGGCAAGGCCUUCGGCUGGCGCUCCACGCUGCUGAAGCACCGCAGCAGCCACAGCGGCGAGAAGCCCCACCACUGCCCGGUGUGCGGCAAGGCCUUCGGCCACGGCUCGCUGCUGGCCCAGCACCUGCGCACGCACGGCGGCCCGCGGCCGCACAAGUGCCCGGUGUGCGCCAAGGGCUUCGGCCAGGGCUCCGCGCUGCUCAAGCACCUGCGCACGCACACGGGCGAGCGGCCCUACCCGUGCCCUCAGUGCGGCAAGGCCUUCGGCCAGAGCUCGGCGCUGCUGCAGCACCAGCGCACGCACACGGCCGAGCGCCCCUACCGCUGCCCCCACUGCGGCAAGGCCUUCGGCCAGAGCUCCAACCUGCAACACCACCUGCGCAUCCACACGGGCGAGCGGCCCUACGCCUGCCCCCACUGCGCCAAGGCCUUCGGGCAGAGCUCGGCGCUGCUGCAGCAUUUGCACGUGCAUUCCGGGGAGCGCCCCUACCGCUGCCAGCUCUGCGGCAAGGCCUUCGGCCAGGCUUCCAGCCUCACCAAGCACAAGAGGGUGCACGAGGGCGCGGCCGCGGCGGCCGCGGCAGCCACGGCUGCUGCCGCCGGCCUGGGCCUUAGCCCUGCUUCCGUGGUGCGGCCCGGGCAGGCCUCCCUGCUGGGUUCUGAGGCUGCCUCCGUGCUUGGUUCUGACCUAGGCCCCAGCUCCGGCCCUGGCUCUGGAUCUACCCUCACCCCUGAUCCUGUCCAGUCCCCUGACACUAAGCCCGGCUAUGAUGCCAAUCCUGACCUUGUGGCCAGCCCUGGUCACAGCUCGGACCCAGAUCCUGUGCCCAGUCCCAGCCCCAACCCCAGCCCUAAGUCCCGCCCUGACCCCAGCUCUCCCACCCACGACAGCUCGGCCCUCCCUACCUGUGAGGAUCCCGAAAGGGCGGAGGAGCGAGGGGCACUGCUGGGGCCUGACGGCUGAGAGGGCUGCCAGCCUCUGAGGCCCGGAGAAGUUGUGUUGUGCAGCUAGUAAAAUCCUCCCACUGCCCGCUGGCUCUGCUUCAUGGUUCUUCGGUUUUUCCCCCCUAAUGCACAGCUCCUCGGAAACGGAAGGUGUGGCCUGAGCCAGCCAUGCACCUGGAAUCCUAAUGUUCUGGCUCCCCUGACAUCCUCCAAGCUUCCCCCAUCCCAGCAGUUACCACUCUGCUCCGCCAAACCUGGUCACCUUAGUGAGGAGCAGACUGACCUGCAGGUGGUCUGAGAGCACCUCUUCCCUUCAGUGGAGCUGAUGGUGGGGUUGCUGGCUGCUGAAAUUAGGGGCUGGUAAUGGGGGCUGACAAGAAGCCAUGGGGCAUUCCUGCCGGGUCUGCUCCCCCAGCUUACCCCUUGGCCUUCGAAGUCCACAUCAUAGGCACACCACUGGACAAAGGCGGCUGCUCAUGUAUGCAUUCAAUAAACAUCGAUUGAG